AUGCUCCGACAAACCGUUUACGAAACCGUCAACUCUUCGUGGAGACCUUCCUGUGCCUCGAUUCGCAUCAACGUAGACUCGUUUGGAUACUACUUUACGUCCCAAAACGCUCCGACAAACCGUUUACGAAACCGUCAACUCUUCGUGGAGCCUUCCUGUGCUCGAUUUCCUUCAACGAAGACUCGUUUGGAUACUACUUUACGUCCCGAAAACGCUCCAACAAACCGUUUACGAAACCAUCAACUCUUCGUGGAGACCUUCCUGUGCAUCGAUUUCCAUCAAUGA